CCCCUGCUCGCCCCGCCCCCCGCACGUCGUGCGCAGGCUCCGCCCGUCCGCUACGGGUGACCUGCCAGCCAUGGUGAACCUGGGCCUGUCCCGGGUGGACGACGCCGUGGCCGCCAAGCACCCGGGACUGGGGGAGUACGCCGCGUGCCAGUCCAAGGCCUUCGUGAAGGGCAUUUUCAGCUUUGUCGCAGGCACCGGCGCCGCCUUCGGCCUGCAGAUGUUCAUCCGGAGGAAGUUCCUGUACCCCUUCCAGUGGCAUGUGCUGGUGGCCGUGGUCACAGGCUCGGUGGCCAGCUACUGGGUGACCCGAGUGGAGUCGCACAGAUGCAGCAACCUCUGGCUCUUCCUGGAGACGGGGCAGCUCCCCGAAGACAGGGGUGCAGAUCAGCACAGCUAGGAGAGCUCCACCUGGGGCGCAGAAGACCUGGGGCAGAAAAUUUCGAGCCCUCGGGGCCUCCUCACCUCAGGCUUGCCCUCCCCCCUCACACAGGCCCUCUCCACAGCCUAAGGUGACCCAACAGUGUCCCCUGCAGACAUUCAUGGGAGGUCUGCCAACCCUGUGCAAACCUUUGCUACUGCCCAGGUCACACCAGCGGGGCUGUCCCUGCAGUGGUUGGCCUCCCAGAGGGCAGUGAGAAACAUGGUGGAUGCUGAGAGCUGGAGAGCAUCAGAGAGGCCCUGGCACUUGGUGGAAGGGACUUCUGCGGGCCCUGGUGCUCUGACACUCUCUGUCUGGCCCUGGCGUCCCCCACGGUCCAAGGGGACAGCUGCUGGGGGGCUUGCUGCACAGAUAAAUGCCUUGCCUUUUCCCAGCUGAGUUCUAAAACCAUUGGGAAGGGGCGCCUGAGUGGCUUAGUGGGUUAAGCCUCUGCCUUCCGCUCAGGUCAUGAUCUCAGGGUCCUGGGAUCAAGCCCCGCAUCGGGCUCUCUGCUCAGCAGGGAGCCUGUUUCCCUUCUCUCUCUCUGCCUGCCUCUCUGCCUACUUGUGAUCUCUGUCAAAUAAAUAAAUAAAAUCUUAAAAAAAAAAUACAA